AUGGAGAACGUGCAGCCCCAUGCGAUCAACGUGCCAAACGAGGACUGGGCGUCCAUCAGCGACGUGGAGCAGCGGAGGAGAAUCCAGAACCGAGUUGCGCAGCGACGACAUCGCCGCAGGAUGAAGGAACUCAAGAAAGCCCCAAGCCCGUCCCCAUCUCCUCUUGCACCGCUGCUGGCCCAGAACCUCCCGGGCGACCAGUUCAAUGCCAGCAGGUCCUCGCCCUCCAGCUACCACCGGCCGGUGCCGUCUCCGUCUCCCCAUUCCUACACCUCUUCCUCCUCUCCCGCAGACCCUUCCCCACGCCCGAUCCCACAGAAUGCCGCCGCGUACUUCCCGCCGCUGCUCUCGCCCGAUGUCGAGAUGAUGCUGCGGCAGUGGUACGCCCAGUCGAUGCCGCCGGUGCUGGGCACCGCGCAUCUGGCCUCUCCCAUGGACGUUGACCCGCUGCUGCCCAUGGCGCAGAUGUCCCAGGUGCACCUGGGCGCUGACCUCCAGCAGAAGAUGGGCACAAACCCGCCCUCGCACGGGAUGCCACAGCCGGCAGACAACGGUUCCCGUCCGUACAGCCAGGUCGAUAACAGCAGAGGUCCAGACUUGGACGGCUCAGACGACUCGAGUACCGAUGCAGACGACCCCGAAGACAAUCCGCGGAGGAAUGGAGGUGACUUCUAUGUCUCGGGGGGCUCCCGAGAUAAGUCCCAUAGUCAUGACCCACCGGGUUCAACCUCCGAUAGUGACAAGGCCCACAUCAAUCGCAUCCGCCGGGCGUUCCGUCAGGGCCUGCGAGCCGGCAUGGCCUCCCCCGCCGAGCGUGCUUCUACCUGCGAGCACCUACAAAGGCGACUGGUGCAGGCUGUCAACAAGGUCAUUGAGCUGUAUGACUACGGAUGCUGUGUGGAUGUUAUUCAGCCGGAUUCGGAUCUGGACCGUAUGUUGCUGGUGUUGCAGGAGCGGCUGGGUAGAGUCCGUGAGAUGGGGAAAUGA